AUGGAGACGGACAGCCGCCCGGAUGCUUCCCCGGCAAGGACUCCAGCCCGGGCAUCACCUUCCAGGUCCUCCUCCGGCAGGGCACCAUCCGGCAGGGCACCGUCCGGCAGGGCACCGUCCGGCAGGGCACCAUCCAGAGGGGCACCGUCCGGCAGGGCACCGUCCGGAGGGGCACCGUCCGGCAGGGCACCGUCCGGAGGGGCACCGUCCGGCAGGGCACCAUCCGGAGGGGCACCAUCUGCCAGCUCAGCCUCCACAGCAUCCCCUCCGAGGAGAGUGCACCUGGUCAGAGCAACACCUCUGGGGGCCACUCCCGUCCGGGCCUCUCCUGCCACGUCAGCGCCAGCCACCAGGGCUGCCAGGGAGACGCCAGGUGCCCGCUCACCCAAGUUCUCCUGGCAGGCAGGCCAGAAGCGGCUGCCGCUCAUCGGCUGCAUCCUCCUGCUCAUCGCGCUGGUGGCUUCGCUCAUCCUGCUCUUCUUCUUCUGGAGGGGCCACACGAGGAUCAAGUACAAGGAGGCGGUGGAGAGCUGUCCCCGGCACGCAGUGCGCUGUGACGGCGUGGCCGACUGCAAGCUGAAGAGCGACGAGCUGGGCUGCGUGAGGUUUGACUGGGACAAGUCUCUGCUCAGAGUCUACUCGGGCUCCUCCCACCAGUGGGUGCCCAUCUGCAGCGACGGCUGGAACAGCUCCUACUCCGUGAAGGCCUGCCAGCAGCUGGGCUUUGAGAGUGCUUACCGGACCAGCGAGGUGGCCUACCGGGGCGCCAUCAGCAGCUUCUCCGUCUCCAUAUACAACUCCACCCUCCAGGAAAGCCUGUACAGAUCCGAAUGCCCUUCCCAGCGGUACGUCUCUCUCCAGUGCUCCCACUGCGGACUGAGGGCCCCGACGGGGCGAAUCGUGGGUGGGGCCCUGGCCCCCGAGAGCAAGUGGCCGUGGCAAGUGAGCCUGCACUACGGCACCACCCACAUUUGCGGGGGCACCCUGAUCGACGCCCAGUGGGUGCUCACGGCGGCCCACUGCUUCUUCGUGACCCGGGAGAAGGUCCUGGAGGGCUGGAAGGUGUACGCCGGCACCAACAACCUGCACCAGCUGCCCGAGGCGGCCUCCAUCGCCCAGAUCAUCAUCAACGGCAACUACUCGGACGAGCAGGACGACUACGACAUCGCCCUCAUGCGCCUCUCCAAGCCCCUGGCCCUGUCCGCCCACAUCCACCCGGCCUGCCUCCCCAUGCACGGGCAGACCUUCAGCUUCAACGAGACCUGCUGGAUCACAGGCUUCGGCAAGACCAAGGAGACAGAUGAGAAGACGUCCCCCUUCCUGCGGGAGGUGCAGGUCAGCCUCAUCGACUUCAGGAAGUGCAACGACUUCCUGGUCUACGACAGCUACCUCACGCCCCGGAUGAUGUGCGCCGGCGACCUGCGGGGCGGCCGCGACUCCUGCCAGGGGGACAGCGGGGGCCCCCUGGUCUGUGAGCAGAACAACCGCUGGUACCUGGCAGGGGUCACCAGCUGGGGGACGGGCUGCGGCCAGAGGAACAAGCCCGGCGUGUACACCAAAGUGACCGAGCUCCUGCCCUGGAUCUACAGCAAGAUGGAGAGCGAGGUGCGCCUCCGGAAGCCCUGA